GCCGUCAGACUCGGGCAACAUAAAAGGAGCAAAGAGGGAGACACUGGGCGAUUAACGUUAUUUAUAUGACUUUUAUCGUUGCUUAAGGUUCAUGUUAAGUUUUCGGGUUAGCUCGUUGUUAUAAGCUAACAAACACCGAGGUUAGAAAAUAAACUUGGACCUCUUUAUAAUGUUUGAAACUGUAAUAUGUAUAUAUACUUCUUUUGACGUUAGCCAACGUUAAACCAACCGGAACCAUAACAUUUCGUGAGGCAAAACAAUUCAAAUGAACCGACGAUGUUUAAAGUAAGUAAGUAAGAAGUUGAAGCAAGAAGUUCCUCGACAUUUGCAAAUGGAUUCGGGCAAAGUUGUACACAGAAGAAAUAUUCCUGUAAUCAGACCAGGAGCAUCAGAUAAGAACCAGCACAUUCAGGAGGUCAGUGUUACAAGUCUUGAUCUCAGGAAGGUGAUUCGUCUACUUGAAGAUCCUUUGACAGCUAACCUGAAAGAGAGGCACCUUUUUGUACUGAAGAAACUACUGAAGAGAAGCCAAAUUGGUUUUAUCUUGAAGGAGCUUACAGGCAUUGCCAAAAUACUCAACAUCUGUGCUGAGAAAGUGAAGGAUCACCCUGAAUAUGUGCCCAUUUUGUGUGAGGCACUUAAAAUUUGUAGGCUUCCCUUCCUGAAGGAGAAAGCAUCUGAUGAGCUGAACUACGCUCAGGACGUCAUAGAGUUCCUCUCUCACAUGGGGUGUCUGAUGAGGGUGUCAGAUGCUGGAGUGAGACAGCAGAUACUCGAGUCUGUGAAAUCAUUCUACAGCUGUGUGGCUCCUAAACACCUGCUCGAUGGUACGGACCGUCCCACCAAGCCAAAGCCUCGGACUUUCCACUCUGACAACCGAUUUUCUAGACUUUCACUAAGGUUCCAGUUAACCUCUCCAGGCUACAGGCUGCAGCUGCUGGAGCGCAGUGACCUGGCUCAGACGUUGCUCCUCUCCAUGGCUGCUCUGGAGAACCAGCCCGCCAUCAAGCUGCAGCUCCUGCAGACACUUCAGAUCCUCUCCAGCUCCUCUGAUAUGAACUGUGUGUUAAUACUGAAUGCACGAGGAGCAGAGACGAUCUGUCUCCACAUGAACGAACCCGACCCGUCUGGUCAGGUCCUGUUCCGCUCCUCUGAAAUCCUCUGGAACCUGCUGGAGAGAAGCAACAAGGAGGUCACCGCUCAGCUCAGCAGCAUGGAGUGUGUCGUAUCUCUGAAAGAAGCGUUUCUUCACCAGCUGAUGAACGGUUUCCGACAUUCUGACUUCCAACUCAGAAAUGAUCUGCUUGUGAUCACAACUCUCAUCGCUGAAAAUCCAAACUCUCUGCUUAUUGAGAGUUUAUUUGCCAAACAGCUCGUGGUCCUCGUCACAUUUCCAGAGAUGAAAAGUCACAACCCUUUGGUCAGCAACCUCAAGCUCAACUUCAGUAACGAAGACUUGAAAAUGAAGAAGCUGCUGUUGAAUCUGUUGGUUUUAAUGUCAAAUGAUUUAGCUGCCCUGCAGCUUUAUAAAGAAGAAAGAGUUAUGCUUGCUCUGCUGACGCUUGUGAAGCCGCCUGCUGCCUCAUCUGAGCGCCGGUCAGGUUCGCGUCACUGGUCCUCCGUCCAGCAGGAGGAGCUCCAGCUGCAGGCGCUGGCCACCCUGGCCACCGUCGCUCCGCUCAUGUUGGUUGACUACAUGUCCUGUCAAGGAAACGCGUGUCUACUGCUCCUGCUGGACUGGUGCGUGAGGCAAGAUGCUUACUUUGGUCAGGGUCACAGCUUCCAUGGCACAGGAGGAAGAGGCAGUAAAAAGGCUCAGAUGCGUCAUUGUAUCAGAGUUCUGAGAUCUGUGACGUCUUUAGGUGAAGACUCAGUCAACCAGGACCUUUGUGAUCAAGGAACCAUCAACCAGCUCUUGGGGAUUUUGAUGCAGAUGGAAGCAAGUCCUGAUGACGAGGAUGUCGUCACCCUGGAGAUAAAGUCAGAUAUUCAGCUGAUACUUUCAGCGCUGUGUGAGAGCGACAUGCACAGAAAGGAACUGUUUGGAUCAGAGGGAGUUGAGAUGGCCGUUCACUUCCUGAGGAAAGGCUCCAACAAUUUCUACAGCGGUCUCGGACACAACAAGCUCAUCCUCUCCACUGUGGACUGUGUGUGGUCCUGUAUUGUAGGCUGCUACACCACAGAAGAUUACUUUUUGGCUAAAAAGGGGGCAUUUCUUCUGCUGGACUUACUCAGUUCGAGCCCCAGAUGCGUACACUUGAGCGUCCUCGCCACCCUGCUGGAGUUAUGUGACAACCCGAACGCUCUGUCUCACAUCCUGAGCUGGAGGAACGACGGCGGUCAGACGGCUCCCAGACUCCUGCUGCAGCUGUGGAGGGAGGAGGAGGAGGAGCUGAAAGUCAGUCGAAACCAACACGGAGGGAUCGCAGAUCCCCAGAGGCCCAUCCUCAGUCUUUACCAGCAGGGGGACACCCAGCUGUCAUUUCCUGCUAACGUACCGAGUGCAGCAGUGCUGGAGUUAUCAGAGAACCUGCGGUCAAAGAUUUACUCCAUUUUCUGCAAACUUGGUUUUCAAGAUCUUCCCGGAUUGUCAACAAAACAUUAUGUGACCUUGAGCAUCGUCAGGAGAUAUCUGGACUUCAAGGUCGGGGAGGUGUGGGAAGAGAUCAGCAGGGAGCUGAGUUUGGAUGGCGUGAGGCCGAUCACGCCUGAUGAGGAGGCUCUGAGUACCAUCUGUAAGAUUGCGGAGGACACAGCGAAGAAGGUCGCAGCAGAACAAAACAGCAUCCUGGAGCAACAGGAGAAGGACGACAUCAGCGAGGAGGAGCUCAUGUACACAGAGAUUAAGUCUCAUUGGAAGCAACAGGAGCUUGUAGCCAAGUCAUGGGACAGUUACGUUUCCAAGACUUCAAACUAUGAGAUCCUGAAGGAAGUAAAAGCACAGAGGAAGAAGUACAUUGAAUCAUCCAGACCCAAACCAAAGCAUGAGGAUGUUGUAGUUCAUCCUACAGAGCAUUUCAUCGGGCAGGUCCUGUCUGUAGAGAGCACAGAUGCUCAGGGGCCUGCAGGAGUGAAACUGACGCUGGCUGGAGCUCCCAUCGAGGCUGCAGGUCAGGACGAACUGGGACCCACAACACAGGACCCAGAAUACUUCAGCACCGUAUCUGUUAAAGACUGAUGUCUACAAAGAAUCUGGUUUAAUACAACACAAUACAAUUUUACAGACCAAACUUUGCAGCACAUUAAUAUGUUUAUCAUGAAUAGUUAUUUAUUUCUAAUAGCCAGUUCAUCCCCAGUGUCCAUUGAGAUUUAAGUGUUUUAUUUGACUUUGGCAGCAAAUGCAGACAUGAGGUCACUUGAUGUGCACAAUCAGAACCUUGUAGUCUAGUCUACCUCCAAUCCCCUUAUAUAGACAAACACACACAGUGUAGUAAACUGACUGGCCUCUGUGGCCUCACAUGUCUUACGUCAGCAUGUCUGAUGCACAGUACAACUGUUAAAUUAAUGUAUAUUAAAUAAAUAAAACAACAUGCGCAUAAAAUGAAAGUGUUUUUCAGAUGGAAGAUUUAGUAAACAUGAAAAGUAAUUAAAGAAUUUGAUUUUUAAACCUUUUGUCCACAACAUUCAGAUAAUUAAAAGUAUAAUUACAAUGUUAAAAUGUGUUUCUAUGCACUAAUUAUCCAACAUGUGUUGUUUCUAUAACCAACGGUGCAACAUGAACAGUGAGACCCUGAACAAUCAAUGUGGCAUCAUGGAGACUGAGGCCUUAUGUAACAUCAAAAUAACAACCACUAAAUUACUUUUAACAUAAAAAAGUCUAAUUAUGUCCACUAAAAGUGAAUGCUCAUGUCAAAGGCUACAGCUCGUUGUGUUCGGCAGCUGUGGCACCCAGAAGGUCCAUUUAGGACAGCUGUUAAAAAGUAUUUUGUCUUUAGUGUUUUUGGGUUACAUAAGUCGCUGCAGCGCAUUAACACACAUGUUCCUUCAAGCGUGCAACAUGCUGCACAGAGCCACUUCUCCUUCUCGCUCCGCUCUCACCCACUUUACUGGCUGGAUGACCAAAUCAUCUCUGACAGGCCGGAGCUUUUCAUGCAGCUUUGUGAGUGUGUGUUGAGCCGGACUGAGCCCGUUGAGCCCGUCAGACUGGGAUGUUCACACUGCACAAAAGAGCAGGGACACACAAGAGCCUCUUCAGAGCGACAGGCUGCCACUGUUUGUUCAGGCUGCUGAGGGGCUUCACAUGCUGCCUGUCUGUCUGCGGGUGCUGAGCUGCUGAUGAAGGUGAGGGUGAACGUGGGUGCUGCUUUUGGAUCCCUGCUGGGUGCUCAUCAACUCCCCGAGGACCUGUUAACUUCAAACUGAAAGUUGUUGGCUUGUCUGAGAAGCUCCUGCAGCAGAAAUGAUCAUCAGACUAGGAAGACUGACACCAGGAUACUUCCGUCUCCUCCAGAGGCAGGUCUCAGGUGAGGUCCAGAUGCAGCCACAGAGCAGCCUCAUCGAUCCCAUCGCCAUGACGAUGGCCACAGUGGGGAUGGGAGUGUCUCUGUACAGCGCCAGGCAGAUGGCAGAGAGGGUCCAUCUGAAGCAUCCAAACGCCUGAGAUCAAUGAGAAACACUCAGCAGCAGACCGCCGCCUGUCAGAGCGGCUCUGUGGGCGGUUUACGUGACAGACUGUUUGUUUGUGUACGUCGGAGAAGGUUUGUGAUGGAGGAGGUUGAGAGAGAUAAUGUGUUUGUGGUGUCUGCUUGAAGGAAAAUCUAAGUGUCCCAGGUGGAAAAUGUGAGUCAUUGUUCAGUCCCAGCAGGAAGAGUUGUCAUUUGUUCAAACAAUUCACACUUUCUGUGCAAUCACAACAUUUACACGCAAAUAUAAGUGUAGUUUGACCACUCUGCACAUUUCUUCAGUGAUUGUAUUUUAAUGCAAUAAAUGAGCAAAUCAUCUGUCAACAAGGAUCUCAGCAUUAUAGUUUGACCUGCAGCCUUUUUUAUUUCCUGCAUUUUAUAGUACAACAAAACACAAAAACAUGUUUAAUAAAAAUAACUACAGAAAAUCUAAUAAAACAGUGAUGUAGAAAAUUCUCUUAGCAUACAAGCUUGUUUUAUUUAUUGAUAUUAGUCUCAAACACGCAAAUUUCACUUCAGUUAUUAGUAUGUUGUACUUUAGCACCUUAAUGUUUUGCAUUUAGAUUGUAAAUCCUAAAGCAGCAUCACCACUUUAAGUUUUUAUUAUUUAGGACUAAAUAGACUAUGAGCCGCUAUAAGAAAGGCCUUUUUCACCCGGGCAUCUUCAGUUUGCUAAAUUUCAUGUUUGUACUAGAAUUUAAUAAAACAAAAUGUCUAUAAAUGUAAAAUGCCACUAAUAGACAUUCAAAUGAUUUACUUUGUAUAGUAACAAGUUUGGUAACUUGAUGUAAUGCUCAAAUAAAUACAUUCACAGUUUGUGUGCAGACUUCUAUA